GUUGUGUGAGCCGGUAAAACUUCGUCUGAGCAUUGACUGUGCAUCUCCGGCUGCAUAUGCGUCUUCGACAUUCUUGACAACCAAAAGUCAACAGUUCACAUCGACCUCCCGCAGCACAGAUGUACCUUGGUCACAGGUCGCUAAGGAACAGAAACCAGGAAGGUACAUGGAGAUAAGAAAGUGGAUCCGCACUUACAGGUACCUACCCCUCCACGCCGUUGUUCUGUAAAUAUCUCUUGGGACUCACUAUUCUGGUAGGCCUCUGACAUUAGUAAUGGCGUUUGCAUCACAACUUCAAAACUCUUUACAAUACGGCGAUAUCGGGCCAUUUAUAUGAGUAGCGAGAGAGAAGAUCUUUAACCACAUCAAAUAAAGCUCGGCGCUCAUACGAGACAUCACAAUGUCCGAACAACUAGCCGACGAGCUCGAAGCCGUCAACUCCAUCUACGGCGACGGCACCCUCGUCCCAGCCGACGACUCACCCUCCACUUACAUUCUGACACUCCCCGGCGAGAUCACCGAAUCCACCCUCCGUCUGCAGUUCCCGCCAGCCUACCCCGAUGAACCACCCGUCGUUCUCGGCACCCACUCCUCCGGCGAGCACGCUAAGCGCGGCGCCGCCGCUCGGGACCUGGCUCUCUUCCGGGACGCAGUCGGCGAGGUGUACGAACCCGGGCAAGUCUGUCUGUUCGAUGCCAUUGAGCAAGUGAAGGAACUCCUAACCGCAGUCAUCACAGCGGAGAAGGAGGACGACGAGGAGGAGGAGGAGGAGGCAGAAAAUGAGAAGAGGGUAUCAUCAUACGAUACAGCAGCAGCAGCAGCAACUCAUGAUGUGCUCUCAUCAGAUUCACAAACAGGAGGAGGAGACACACUCGGCCCCGAACCCCCCUGGACCCUCUCUGUCCCGUUAAUCGAACUCAAAUCGACCUUCAUCGCCCGCUGCGCGCCCGUCUCCUCCCCGGGGCAGGCGGCGCAGUACCUGCAACACCUGCUGGCGUCGGACAAGCGGGUGCGGGCGGCCACGCACAACAUCACGGCGUGGCGGAUCCGCGGGCCGAACGGCACGUCGUUCCAGGACUGCGACGACGACGGCGAGACGGCGGCUGGCGGCAGGCUGCUGCAUCUGAUGCAGCUGAUGGACCUGUGGGACACCAUGGUUGUGGUGACGCGGUGGUAUGGGGGGCAGCUGCUGGGGCCGAGGAGGUUUGCGUUGAUCAAUGGCGCGGCGAGGGAUGCGUUUGUUAGGGCGGGGUUGGUGAAGGAGGAGGAGAACAAGCAGGAGGGGAGGAAGAAGAAGGGUGGGAAAUGAAUUUGGCUGUGGCGGUGAUGGUCGAUCGAGGCUGCAAGGGGCUGCUUUGCUCCGUCUUGCUCUAAUAACGGAAAGCAAAACGACCUAUGGCCGCGAAAUUCUUGGGUUGCCUAAAUGGAUGAAGAGUGUCUAUCUUGGUUUCAGGGUCACACAGCUUUGAGUGCUGACAAUAACAGCACAGCAAGAAACACCAAGGGCUGACGACCAAAUAAUCUCCAAAAGGUAUUUAGCGGAAAUCAAGGUGAAUUAUU